GGAGGAGGCACAUCCAGAGCGCCAACCGAAGCUAAGCUCUGCCUUGGCAGAAGCAGGAACCGGGCCCAAGUUUCAGCCAGAGUCAAGGUAUUUGCAUCUCUAGCAUACUUCUACCACUUCCUGCACUUCACCUUAACCAGAGUCAUCAUGCCUCGUGGUCAGAAGAGUAAGACCCAUGCACGGCAGAAACGCCACCGGGCCCGAGGUGAGACUCGGGCUUAUGAAGAUGCUCAGGAAACAGCAGAUGAAACAUCAGAAACAGCAGAAGAGUACUCUGCUGCCUCCCAGAGCCAGCCUGGGCCUGAGUCUUCCAGCCCUCCUGAAGAACCUCAGAAAGCAACACCGACUGCAACACUUAUUCUGAGUAGCUCUUCCUCAGAAUCAGAUGAAAGCUCUGAUGAAGAAAGUGAGCCAAGUAUGCAAAAGGAGUACCCUUACGAGGCCAACCUAACCACUACUGUUCUGCACCAAGAUAUGAUUGCAAGGAGAUCGGUGAUUCUGUUACAGCACCUGCUCUACAACUACAAUUUGAAGCAGCUCACUACCAAGGAAGAAAUGCUGAAGGUUAUUACCAAGAAGUAUGAAGACGACUUUCCUGAGAUCCUCAGGAAAGCCUCUGAGAAGCUUGAGGAUGCCUUUGCAGUGGAAGUGAGGGAAGUCAACUCCAGUCAGCCCUCAUACAACCUCAUCAGCAAGCUGAAGCUCCCCAACAAUGGGAGGAUCCGUGCUGGCAAAGGCUUACCCAAGACCGGUUUUCUGAUGAGUGUCCUGGGUAUCAUCUUCAUUCAGGGCAACUGUGCCAGUGAAGAAGAGAUAUGGAAAAUCCUGAAGAAGAAGAAAAUCUAUCCAGGGAAGAAGCACCGCAUCUUUGGUGAGCCCCGGAAGCUCAUGACCCAGUAUUUGGUGAAGCUGAAGUACCUGGAGUACCGACAGGUGGCCAACAGUGAUCCUCCAUGCUAUGAGUUCCUGUGGGGUCCCCAAGCCCAUGCUGAAACAAGCAAGAUGAAAAUCCUGGAAUAUUUGGCCAAGAUCAACAAAACAACACCUAGUGCCAUCUCGACCCUUUACCAAGAGGCUUUGAAAGAUGAGCAAGAGCGAGCAAAAGCCAGAGAUGAAGAUAAUACUGACACCACUGACCAGUCUACUGAAGGUUCCCCAGAAAAAUCACCAGCAGCUUCUUCCACCCCUGUUGACACUUGAAGGUUUCCUGUCAUCAAGAAGACAGUGCAUCACAAUUUUUCUUGAUAAUAUAAAGUAGACAUAAAGUUAGAAGGAUUAAUAGAUGUUCAAACCUAGUUUCCUUUUAUUAGUUUUACUGUGUGGUUUGGUAAAGUUACAUGCAAUUGAAUAUUAGUCUUGGUUUAUGAAAGAAAUUUGUAGAAAUUAAAUGUUAUGACUU